CUUAUUUCCUCUUCUCUUUCCCAGCAUAGCACCUCAACAUGCAAUUCACUACAUUGGUACAGAUUUUCAUGGCACUCAGCCCUGCGCUUGCGGCAUUGGUCGGGGUGGACUUUGGUCAGGAAUUUACCAAGUCGGCGCUUGUGGCUCCUGGGAUUAACUUCGAGAUCCUCUUGUCGGCUGACUCUAAGCGCAAAGAAGUGUCUGGUCUCGCGUUAAAGACCAUCGGUAAAGACGAAAUUGAGCGUUUGUACGGCUCGGACGCUGUGACGAUUUGCACGCGAUUCCCUAACGCGUGCGCCUUGCACUUGAAGUCGAUCAUGGGCCGUUCCUUGGACGAUGCCAGCGCCGUGGCAUACGCCCAGACGCACUUCGGCACGAUCUUGAAAGAAUCCAAGAACAACAGAAACACAAUUGCGUUGAACAUCAACAAGCAGGACUACCUUGCAGAAGAAUUGCUCGCGAUGUCGCUCGCUGACAUCAAGGCGCGCGCGUUGAAGGAGAUCGCGGCCGCGCAUAUCGGUGCGCAGACUGCGGACGACUUUGCAAUCACGGUACCAGGGUUUUUCACGCAAUCACAGCGCGCGGCACUCUUGGAUGCUGCGCUGGUUGCAGGGCUCCGCGUUGCGGGGCUUGUUGACGACGGGGUCGCCAUCGCGGUCCACUACGCCAGUAGCCGUGUAUUCACUGAGGAAAAGGAAUACCACAUAAUCUAUGACAUGGGCGCCGGCUCCACCAAGGCUACAUUGGUCUCGUUUGUCCAGAACGGCACCGCGACAACGGUCGAGGUUGAAGGCUACGGCUUUGACGCGACGCUUGGCGGGCAUCUCUUCACUGAAUCGGUCUACGAGGUCUUGAAAGCAAAGUUCCUCGCCACGAACCACAAAAUUAAGACAAAGACGUUCUUGGCGGAUGCGCGUGCGCAGGCGCGCUUAUGGCAGGCUGCCGACAAGGCCAAGUCCAUCUUGAGCGCCAACACCGAGGCCAAGGUUGCGGUCGAGUCACUCUAUGACGACCUCGACUUCAAGUCGGUCAUCACGCGCGCGGAGUUUGAAGAGUACAAUGCUGCGGGGAUGAGGCGCAUUACCAGCCCUCUUCUCCACGCCUUACAAGGCUCAACAGUCACCUUGAAGGAUGUCAAGUCUGUCAUUUUGGCCGGUGGGUCUACGCGCGUGCCGUUUGUGCAGGCGCACCUUGCGAUGUUGGCGGGCGAGGAUUUGCUUGCGCGCAAUGUCAACGCGGAUGAGGCUGCGGUCAUGGGCGCGACCCUUCGUGGAGUCCAGCUCUCGGGGAUGUAUCGCUCCAAGAACAUUGUCGUGAUCGAGCCGUCGUUGGACGAGUAUGAUUUGAAGUAUACCGCCGACGGCAAGGCCACGGAAGUUGCCGUCUUCCCGCGCGGCUCCACGGUCGGCAACACCACGACUGUGGAGCUUGUUGGCAUCGCGGACAAGCCCUUUACGCUCGACAUGUACGAGAACGGACACUUGUUGGCGCUGCAUGAGUUCAAAGACAUCAAGAAGGACAUCAAGGCGGUGGUGGAUGGCUGCGCAAGCGCAGCUGAUGUCACUGUAUUUGCCACAUUGUCGCUCGACCCGAGCCGGAUCUACGAUUUGGUCAAGGUCGAGGCCCGCUGUACGAAAAUGGCGGAGACUGAAACAGAAACCACCGAAACUACUGAUACCAAGACGAAACCUAAAGUUAGGGGUAAGGCCACCAGAACGUUACUCGGGGUAACAAAGUACCCAAAUGUCCGCCCAAUGGGUACCGCCUCCAAGUUUACCUCCUCUGACAAGCUCCGCGAGCUCGUGCGCAAAGAUAGACAGCGUGUGGAGCUUGCCAUUGUGCGCAAUGACCUUGAAUCUCUCCUCUACAGCUUGAGGAGCCUCUUCGACGAGGAUGACAUUGUAAACAACUUCGCUCCAGGGCGUCUUGAGAUUAUUGCAUCCAAAGUUGCUGGAGAGUUGGAAUGGUUGGAAUAUGACAGUGACGGCGCCAAAUUGGCCGAGUUCAAGACCAAGUUAGCCGAGUAUCAGGCGUUGAAGUCGGAGAUGCUGUUGUUUGCGCAGAUCAAGGAUGCUUCGUUGGCGAAGGCCGAUUUUGUCGAGUUGCUCAGCGAGGGCAAAAACAAGACGUGGAACUUGCAGGACUAUGUGAUGGACCUUCUCGACGAAUCGUUGGAGUGGGAAGGCAAGUUUACCAAGUUGGGGCUUGACUUUUCCAAGGAGUCAGCUAAGGUUAAUGUCGAGUUUCCGUUCAAGAACAACGAGAUGGACGACGCCAUGAAGCACUAUCUCGCGGAGUUUUCCCGGAUAAACGGCUUGAUGGAUGGAUCUGCUGUGGGGGUAGACGAGACUGCGUUUGACGAUAUGACGGAUGGUGAAAAGUUCUUGUUGAAGCUCUCGUUGGAGAAGAUGCUUGAUAAGAUUGACGGAAUUUCGGCGUCGUUGACCGCCGUGUCGAGCAAGCGGAACAAGCUGCUUCAGGCGAGACUUGCCAGAGCAAUCAAGAAGCAGAAGCGGGAGGAAGCAGCGGCGUUGGAAGCUGAGACUGAAGCUGAAGCCGUAGUUGAGGCUGAACACGCUGAUUCUGGUGACAAGGUCGAAGGUACAGCCGAAACCAAGGCAGAUACCAAGACUGAAAAAGGUAAGACGGAAAAGGGCAAGGUAGGGAAAGACAAAAUCAGAAAGGGUACUUCCGGGAAGGGUAAAGCCGUCGAUGCCGAAGCCGAGAAGACCAAGAAGUUGCUUGAUGAUUUCUUAGCGCAGAUGGAGGCUGACAACGCUGAGAAAGCCAGACAGGCUACCGAGCAUGAUGAGUUGUAGUUUAGAGUAGAACCUGUAUAUUUAAUCAAUCAGAGAAGGAGUAAUCAGGGGUAUCAACGGAUAUUAUUAGGCAUAAUUGUUUUGUGCUUUUUAUAUGGAACCCAAGAACAAAAUGCUGCUAUCAAGGCAGCGAUAUUUUGGAAGGUUAAUUACCGAUAUAUAUGUCUAAA